AUAUGACGCAAGCACACCCGGAAGCUACCGAGAGCGCACGCGUCCUGUCUACAGAGCACCUGUGAACGAUGGAGCUUCAGUCUGUCAGGACAGAAACAGUGAAGGAGGAAGAAGAGAGACGGAGGGGAGGAGAGGGGGAGGAAGGAGUGACUCCAGGAGGAGGAGGAGGAGGGCAGAAGGCGGGGAUGAAGAGGAGACAUGAGGAAGAAGAGGCCUCACCUACCAAGAAGCUGGUGAUGGAUCACAGUGUGAAGGUGGCGAGUCACUACAACAGCCUGCAGGAAGUUGGUCUGGCUGCACGUAGUCGAAGCAGAAUCUUCUUCAUGAGGAACUUCAACAACUGGCUGAAGAGCGUCCUGAUCGGUGAGAUCCUGGAGCAGGUGCGGGGGGCGGGGCCUCAGCAGGUGUCUGUGUUGGACCUCGGCUGUGGGAAAGGAGGAGACCUGCUGAAGUGGAGGAAAGGAGGGAUCAAUCACCUGGUCUGUGCAGAUAUAGCGGGAGUGUCUGUGGAACAGUGUCAGAGUCGGUACGAAGACAUGAAGAAGAAAAGUCACGUUAACGAGAAAAUCUUCAGCGCUCAAUUUAUCACAGCAGACUGCACCAAGGAGGUUUUGUCAGAGAAGCUGGAUGACCCUGAGCUGAUGUUUGACAUCUGCAGCUGUCAGUUUGUUUAUCAUUACUCGUUUGAGAGCGAACAGAAGGCCGACAUGAUGCUGAGAAACGCCUGCGAGCGUCUGAAACCUGGAGGUUUCUUCAUCGGAACGACUCCAGACGCCUUUGAACUCGUUAAACGUUUGGAGGCGUCGGACUCUCUGUCGUUUGGUAACGAGGUUUUUAAAGUUUCCUUUCAGUCCAAAGGUGUCUAUCCUCAGUUCGGAUGUCAGUAUCACUUCAGCCUGGAGGACGUUGUCAACGUUCCAGAGUUCCUCGUCUACUUUCCUCUUCUUGAACACAUGGCGAAGCGUUACAACAUGCGUCUGGUGUUGAAGCAGAGAUUCUCUGAGUUCUUUAAUGAGAAAGUGAAAAAGGAGCAUCAUUGCAGUCUCAUGAUGAAGAUGAUGGCUCUGGAGCCGUUUCCCAUUGAGGAUGGAGGUCGACAGGCUACAGACAGCAGAGGAGAGUACUGCCAUGCCAAAGAGCACUGUAGCAGAGCUGGAGUCAAACUACCACUGGGCACUCUGAGCAGAUCUGAGUGGGAAGCCACCAGUAUCUACCUGGUGUUUGUCUUUCAGAAGAUGUCCUGAUGCUCAAGCUCUUCUUGGGUUUUUGAUCUUGCUUGCUGCUCACCAGCUCACCUGCUCUCCAUCUUGUGUUUGUACAGUGUUUAUCUGUUUUCUUUUCAAGUCAGUUUUUGAUAAACUAUGAACUGUGUUGGGUUUUUUGUCGAAAUGAAUUAAAACUAAAUUUAAACCUA